CAUGCAAUAAAUGAAUCAGAUAUAAUUCCGACAAUCAGUAAUAAAUUUCAAAUUAAAUAUUAAAGUUGUAAUUUUUAUAUCGUUCAAUAAUGAAUUUGUUAAUUUUACAAAAUUUAAUUUUUUUUAUAACAAUUGUAAAUUGUUUUCCAUCUUCACAUUUGGGUGAUCUCGACUUCCCACCUUUUGAAGAAUAUCCACUUGAUGAUGACAAUAUUUUUGACAAUGAUGAAAGUAGAAUUUAUUCGGAUGCAAGUGCAUCAGCAAAUGCAGAAACAUUUGGAAUAAAAUAUCAGCAAAAAUUCGACCCUUCUACUUUUCAUGGAGACAAUAAUUUUCAUCGUAGACAAGAAGGUGAAAAUUCUGCUGCAUCUGCAACUGCAGUUGCAGGCGUCAAUUUAGGAGGUGAUAAAAAAUCUACGACACUCACUAAAUCUGAAACAAUUUCCAAUUCAAAUGAAGGUUUUAGUUCUGCCCUCGCAACUUCAAUUGCUUCCUCAAAUUAAUUCUCUAUUCAAUAAAUAAUAAAUAUAUUUUAAUUAAUAAUAAUUAAAUAUUUCACAUUAUGUGUAUUAUAUUACAAAUUAUUGUGAAUUAGAAAAAUAUUACAUAUUUUAUUUUUAUGAUAAAUAAAUAAUCAGUAAAUAAUAAAUAAAUAAUAGUUAUAAUA